AUGGCGAGCGCAGCUUUGUUUCCGUCGCUCGCAGCGGCGUCGCGAGAGCCUCCGGAUGUCGUGCUGAGCAGAGUGCGCGAGUUGGUGCUGCAGAUCGUGGCUGGCGGGAACCAUCCCGAGACGAGUCUGUUGCACCAGCUCGCUGCGAUCAUCGAGGAUGAGGAGCAGUGGUACCAGCAGCAAGCGGGUUUUUCCUCGUCUAAUCUUCGAGCCUCGUACACUAUCGGACGAAUCGUCAACUCAUUGCGCGAGGACGACGACUUGUACGAGCUGCUGACGUCGAAGCUGCUGCUCCAGUCGUGGAGGUCGCAGGAGGAGCGCGCAGCGGGCGCUCGCCUGCUGCUCGCCUGCGCGAUGAGCUUCGUGUACCGUGGAGUGUUCGAGGAGGGUAUUCUCGAACGAGUCAUUGCGUGGGCCGCCCUUUCCACUCGCUCCUCCCCACCCCCUGCCCUUGCCACCGCCACAACCGCCGCCGCUGCCGCUUCUGCUGGCACUGCUGGUGGCGCCGGGGGCACGCAGGAGGAGGAGGAGGAGGAGGAAGAGGAGGAGGACGCGGGGGAGGAGGGACAGGGGGGGGAUCGUAGCGGGGCAGGAGGAACCGGGGCUGGCGGCGCUGCUGCUGCUGCUGCUGCUGCUGCUGCUGCGGGUGGGGUUGCUGGCGUGGGUGGUGGUGGUGGUGGUGGUGUGGGUGCGAGGGCGAGAGCAUCGGCUGUUCUGGCGACGGACAUGCUGAGAACGUUCUCGACUGGACUCGUUGCUGUUGCACUCAGCUCCAACGAGGCGGCGGUGGAGCAGGUGGUGCGCACAGGCCUCGUGCCCCACCUCGCCCGCCUGCUGCGCAAGCGAGUGCUGGGGCGCGCUGCUGCUCCCGCUGCAGGGGGAGCACGAGGCGAGGGGGGGGCAGCAGGGGGGGCAGGUGGAGCAGGAGGAGCAGGAGGAGCAGGAGCAGGUGGAGUAGGAGGAGGGGGAGGAGGAGGAGGAACUGGGACGGGGGUUGUGGGAACGCCAGGGAGCAGAGGGAGCAAGCUGCGUAGUGUGAGUAGCAGGGGGGAGAGUAGCGCCGCUGCUACCACCGCUGCUGCUGCUGCGGCUGCAGCUCAAAUUGCUGGAUUAGCAGGGGAGGCGAGAGCAGCAGCAGCAGCAGAGGAGAAUGGGAAGACGGAGGCUGUAGGUGAGGGGAUGGGAAGCGGAAACGUUGCAGCACAGGGGGAUGUUGUGAUGACUACCCCUGCAAAGGCUGCAUCCAACCCGCUCUCCCCGUUGGGGAAGCUGAAAGACUUAGGAGGGGGAGGAAUGGUGGCGGAAGGGGGCAGAGAGGAGCUGGGAAGCAGGAGUAGAGGGGGAGGAGGUGGUAGGAAAGCUGGGCUGAAAGGGAGCAAAGCAGAGCAGGGCGCAGGGAAGGGCAAGCAUGCUUCCGCCACUGGAACUGCUGGGUCCGAGAUUGAGGGGUCAGGGUUUGGGGUUAACGUUGGGGCUGUGGAUAUCACUGAAGCGGUUGCAGCGGCAUGGGAGGCGGCGAGAAGGGAAGCAGAGGCGGCUAAUGCUCCAGCUGAUGUGGUGGCAGCUGCAGUGGAGGCAGCAGCAGAGUCGGUUAAGCAAGCAGCUGCUGAUGUGUUGGAGGGGGGAGGAGGCGACGAGGCUGUUGCUGCUGCUGCUAGGAGCGCUGCUGAUGCUGUGAGACAGGCCGCGCAGGCAGUGAGUGGGGCAGGGAUUGGGGCAGGGAGUGGGAGCAAGGGCUCGGCUCCAGAUGCUCCAGGUGCCUCUAUCCCACCAGCUGCAGGUGCUGCAGGUGCAGCAGCAGACGCAGCAUCAGGAGAAGAAUCAGGUAGAGCAGCCAGUGCAGCAGAGCAGACCCCACAGCCCUCCACCCCAGCACCAUCACAGGACCCCACCUCUCCACUGCCCCCAUCCCACACCGCCCCCACCCCUCCUACCGCUCCCUCCUCCAUUCCAGCAGUGCCUACUCGCCCUGCCUGGCAGCUGACUCGUCCGCAGCUGGCGCAGCUGAGGGAGUGGUAUGCGGUGCAGACGCUGGCCGCACUGGGCGAGUACAUGGAGGUGCUUGGUCCCGUGCUGCAUGAGAAGGGCGUUGAUGUUUGCCUUGCUCUGCUCAGGUGCGCCACGCCGGGACCUCCAGGGGCCGAGGGGUCUGUUGCUGCUGUUGCUGCUCCUGGUGUGGCCAGUGCAGGUGGCGGUGCUUCUGCUGCCACUGCCCCUGGCGCAGGGGAUUCCACAGCAGGUGCAGCAGCAGCGGCAGGAACAGCAGCAGCAGCAGCAGCAGCAGCAGCAGCAACAACAGGAGCAGCAGCAGCAGCAGCAGCAGCCAGUGGGCCGAUGAGUGUGCUGCUGCUAGCGGACGUGUUGAAGCUGGUGUGUGCGCUCACAGCACACCGCAAGUUCGCCACACUCUUUGUGGACCGAGGGGGCGUGCAGCUGCUGCUCUCCCUCCCCCGCGUGCCCCACACCCUCCCCGGCCUUGCUGUCGCGUUUUUCGCCCUAGCCUCCAUUCAGUGUGCUGCUGCUGGCGGAUGUGUUGAAGCUGCUGUGUGCGCUCUUUUGAGACGUCUCAAAAGACGUGUUCAAGCUGGUGUGUGCGCUCACAGCACACCGCAAGUUCGCCACACUCUUUGUGGACCGAGGGGGCGUGCAGCUGCUGCUCUCCCUCCCCCGCGUGCCCCACACCCUCCCUGGCCUUGCUGUCGCGUUUUUCGCCCUAGCCUCCAUUCAGGUAACCGCCUGGCACUCCCGUUCCUUCUUCUUGAUCACCUCUCUCUUUCCUCUCGCUGCCCCGCGUCCCCCACACCCUCCCGGGCCUCGCUGUUCCUCCUUCGCCCUAGACUCCAUUCAGAGUGUGAUGGAGCGAGUGGCGUCCCUCCCCCAGCCAGUCAUUCGAUCCCUCAUCUCAGCAUCUCUCCACCUUCUCCUCUGUCCACUCGACCACGCGCGGCGCAACACGGCGCUCUUCUUUGCCGCCUCCCUCGCCUUCCCCCGCCUGCUCCUAGAUUUCGACGCCCAGGGGGGCCUCCCCGCCCUCAUUGCUCUGCUCAGGAAUGCUGCUCUGCCCCGUGUUUCCCUUCUUCCCCUUGUUCUUUCCCCCCUUCCUCCCCCCAGAGUGUGAUGGAGCGUGUUGCAUCUCUCCCCCAGCCAGUCAUCCGAUCUCUCAUCUCCGCAUCGCUCCACCUGCUCCUCUGCCCGCUGGACCACGCGCGGCGCAACACGGCGCUCUUCUUUGCCGCCUCCCUCGCCUUCCCCCGCCUGCUCCACGAAUUCGACGCCCAGGGGGGCCUCCCCGCCCUCAUAGCUCUGCUGAGGAAUGCUGCUCAGUUAAGGCAGGUGGCUCACAACACGUGCAUCGCCCUUCGGCAGUACAUGCGCGUGCACCUCGUGCUGCAUCUCGAAUCCCUCCACCACCCUUCUUCCGGUGCCUCCUCCUCUGUUGCCCCCUCUGUUUCCCCCUCUGUUGCCCCCGCUGUUGUCCCGUCCGGUGCCCCCACUGUUACCCCCUCCUCCUCGCUCUCCUCCCGCCACCGCACCCAAGCGCCUCACAAGCCGUCGCACCACGCACGGAGCCUCACCAGAGCCGUAGAUUCGAGUGCACAGGCAGUUGAAGGGUUGAUGGAGGCACUGAUGGUGUCGGACCGGCGCCUGGCGCACGCGUUUGUGCGCUCGCGGUGGGGCGCUGCUGAGAGGCUCGUGGAGGAAGGGGCAGUCGAUGUUCUGCUGGAGCUCUGCCAGGGGUUUGUGCGCUCGCGGUGGGGCGCCGCUGAGAGGCUUGUGGAGGAGGGGGCUGUAGACGUGCUGCUGGAGCUCUGCCAGAUUCCCCCAGGAGAGCGCAGCACGGGGGAGCUAGCAGAGCACGCCCUGGGCGUCCUGCACGUGCUCACCCUCGCGCCCUUCACCCACCUCCACGUGUGCUCCCCUCUCUUGCCCGAAUUUCAAACCUUUCUUCUGCAGAUCCCUCCAGGAGAGCGCAGCACGGGCGAGCUAGCAGAGCACACCCUGGGGGUCCUGCACGUGCUCACCCUGGCGCCCUUCACGCACCGCCACGUGCUCUCAGCGCGCGUGGCCUCCCACCGCUGCGGCAUGCCCGUGCUGCUCGACGCUGCCAGCGGGGCUCUGCUGGCGGAUCCCGAGGUCAUGCAGAUCGCGCUGCUGGUUGUCGUGAAUCUCGUCUGCCCGUUCCCCACGUACUGCUCUGUGGUGAAUAGCCGGAGUGCUGGGCAUUCCGCUGGUGCUCUUGGUGGUGCUGCUGGUGUUGCCAGUGCUGCUGCUGCUGGUGGUGCUGGUGGUGCGACUGGUGUUGGUGCUGGUGCUGCUAUUGCUACUCCGAGUUCAAGCCGUGCACUGCCACGCAUCACUGAAGGGACUGAGACAGGGCCACAGCAGCAGCAGCAGCAGCAACAACAGCAGCAGGUGCAGCAGCCGCAGCAGCUGGACGCAUUUUCUACACCUGCUCUGCACGCCCGGUGGUUGCAUGAGUUCCAACAGUCAGCACUUGAGCUCAUUUCGCUCACCACAAGUGCAGGCAAGGCGACAACAGCAGCAGCCACGGAAGCAACAGCGCCCACACUCAAGAGGCUGGAGCGAGCUGCCAUUGCUGCUGCCACCCCCAUCAGCUACCCGCCCAGUGAGCUCCUUCAACUGAUACACGCCCAUCUGGUAUCAGAAGGCCUACACCAGUCAGCAAGCCAGCUGCUAGCAGAAUCAAACAUCACCCCCCUCGUCGCCACCCCCGUUCCCUCCUCCUCUCCCGCUGCCCUCCCCUCCUCCUCUCUUGCUCCCUCUGAGACUUCCCCCAAUCGCCACCCCCCCCACGCUCUCCCUGCCCCUCUUCCUCCGUCCGCCUCUGCUGCUCCAGUUUCAACGUCAGCAGCAGCGCCAGCUGGCAGUUCGGGAUUGGCUGCUGAGGCAGCUGGGGGACUUAGCUGGCCAAAGGGCAAGGCAGGAUGGUUCUUUUCUGCUGGAAGGAAGGGCGAGGGGAGAGGAGAGAGGAGUGUGAUUCGGCAGAGAGCGGUGGGAAUGGAUGCAAGUGGGGCGAGUGGGAGUGGAGUUGGAGGGGAGGAGGAAGGGCAGAUACGAAGGCGGAUCUUACUGGGUAGUUCCCUUGCGGAGAGGGUUAGAGGGAAAGGGGAGAGCAGGGGGGAGGAGAGGGAGGAUGAGGAGCAGAGAGGGACGGGAGAUGCAGCAUUGAGCAAAGAGGGAAUGAAGUCUGGGGGAGGAGGGGCAAGGGGUGGGGAGUUGACUGGUGCAGGCUUGACCAGUGGCGGCAGCAGCAGCAGCGGGGAGAGAGAGAGCACGCCUGGGAGGGAGCAGAUGGCACGGUGUGUAUCUGGGAGGAAGCGAGGGUACAAGGAAGCUUCUGCUUCUGCGUCUGCAGCAGCGCUUCUUGUCUCUCCUCCUGCCAAACGAGCCUCCACGCUUCUCCCGCCUCUCCUCUCCCCUAGUCCUUCCCUUCCGCUGCAAAGUGGUGCUGCCUCUGCAAUAGCUUCUGCCGGAGCAGGGGCAGGGGCAGGGGCAGGGGCAGGUACCAGUGAUGCUGCUGAUGCUGCUGCUGCUGCUCCUGGUGCUGGUGUUGGUACCGGUGGGGAUGGCUCUGGUGGUGGUUCUUCUCCUGCGGCUGCUGUUGCAUCUGGGCAAACACCUGCAGGGUCUGCUGUAUCAGAGGAGCCUGUUCCGUGUUCAGGUGGGGUUUCAGGUGGAGCCUCAGGUGGAACCUCAGGCGGGGCCUCAGGUGGGGCCUCAGGUGCCGCAGAGGACAGCUUGGGCCAGGCGCUAGCAGCCCCUGCACCAGCAGCAACCGCCCCGGCCCCACCCGCACCAGCACCACCUCCCUCAGUUCUACCUCCCCCAGGCGAGCUCAGCACAACCCUGGACGGCAUCGUCACGUCAUAUCUGAAGCAGCAGCACAGGCAGUGCCCCGCCCCCAUCACCACCCUCCCACCGCUCUCCCUCCUCCACCCCCACACCUGCCCCGAGCCUCUCCGCUCCCUCGACGCUCCCUACAGCAUCACCCGCCGCCUCGCCGCCCGGCAGCGCCGCCCGCCCGCAGGCGGGUGGCAGGGGCGGCGGCUGGAUCGGCAGCUAGUGUACAGCCGGUUCCGCCCCUGGCGAACCUGCCGGGAAGAUGCGGUUAUGAUCACCAGCGCGUGUUUCUUGCUGGGGGCAGGCGGGGCGGGUGGGGGCGGCGGCGUGUGGGGGUUCAGCGGGGGGGGUGCUGGGGGCGUUGGGGGGUUCGGUGGGGGAAGGCGAUGCUUGGCAGUGGGGACGACUGCAGGAGAGAUAAAGCUAUUUGACGCGGAGGGGGGUGUGAUUGUGGAUAGCUACUCCUGCCACCAGUCUUCAAUAGUUUCGGUGUUUUCGGCGCCAAGACCGGGGUAUGAUGAUGAUGACAGGGGGUUUGUAGGACGGGGGCGGGGGAGGCAGCAGGAGGAGGAAAUGCAAGACGGGGCAUCAGCAGCAGGAGGAACGGGGAUAAGAGCAGGCGGAGCAGCAGCAGGAGGAGCAGCAGGAGGAGCAGGAGCGGGGUCAUCAGCAGCGUCAGCAGCGUACGGAGCAGCGUCCUGUCUGCUGCUCUCCUCCACCCGAACAGAAGUGAAGCUGUGGGAUGCAGCAGACCUCUCUCUCGGGCCCAUCCACACCUUCCCCUCCUGCCGCCUCGGCCGCUUCAGCCACUCUGCUCGCACCAUCGGUGCAGUGCGGUGCGACGGGCAGUCAAGGGAGUCGAGAGAGGUGCUGCUGUAUGACGUGGCUACGGGCAGGCUGCAGGAAACGCUCAGGGAAGCGCCUAUCGCUGCUGCUGCAGACUCAUAUGUUGGUGCUGCUGGUGGCGCUGGUGGCGCUGCUGGUGCUGCUGGUGUGGUUGGUUGGGGUGGUGUGGGCGGUGGGGUUGCUGGUGGGGGUCUGGGAGGCGGGCGCGGUGGGAAUGGUGGCUUUGGUGGUCUAUUUGGUGGUUACGGCGGUUAUGGUGGGUUCGGAGGGUUUGGCAUCGGGCUUGCCGGCGCUGCUGGUGCCACUGCUGCUGGUAUUGGCGGUGCUGGCGUUACAAUGAUGGGUGGAGGAGGAGGAGGAGGGGGAGCAGGGGUGAGUCGCACGUUGGGAUCCCAGGCGGUGCAUUUCUCUCCGCUGGACGAUCUGCUGCUGUGGAAGGGGUUCCUGUGGGACCCGCGCAUCAGUGAGCCCGUUCACCGCUUCGACCAGUUCUCGGAUUAUGGGGGAGGGGGCUUCCACCCUUCAGGCAACGAGGUGAGUGGUUUAUUUGGUUUCUUGUACUCUGGUGGGUCCAUCGAAGCUUGGUUGAAGGCACAGCACCUGCUGCUGUGGAAGGGGUUCCUGUGGGACCCGAGGACCAGUGAGCCCGUGCAUCGGUUCAACCAGUUCUCAGAUUAUGGAGGAGGGGGCUUCCACCCUUCAGGCAAUGAGGUAGAGGUGACCGGCCAGCAGCAGCAGCGGCUGCUGUGGAAGGGGUUCCUAUGGGACCCGCACAUCAGUGAGCCUGUGCAUCGAGUCGACCAGUUCUCAGACCAUGGAGGAGGCGGCUUCCACCCCUCUGGCAACGAGGGGUUCCUUCGGGACCCGCGCAUCAGUGAGCCCGUUCACCGCUUCGACCAGUUCUCCGACUAUGGAGGAGGGGGCUUCCACCCAUCCGGAAAUGAGGUAAUCAUCAAUUCGGAGGUGUGGGAUCUUCAAACACGGAAGCUUCUGCGCAGCGUCCCGUCUCUCGACCAGACCUCCAUAACAUUCAAUGCCACGGGCGAAGUCAUCUACGCGACCCUCCGCCGCACCACCAACGACCUCCUGGCAGCCCUGCACGGCUGGCGGCGCAAGCACGCCCGCUCUUCUCCGCGUUCAAGAGCAUCGAUGCGACCUCUUACACUGACAUUGCAAUUGCUCUUCUCCCCAUCCCUGCUUACCCUCCCCACACGUCAGGUGAUUAUCAACUCUGAGGUGUGGGAUCUCCGGACAAGGAAGCUUCUGCGCAGCGUCCCGUCCCUCGACCAGACCUCCAUAACAUUCAACGGCACUGGAGAGGUGAUUUAUGCCACCCUCCGCCGCACCACCGACGACCUUCUUGCAGCCCUGCACGGGCGGCGGCGCAAGCACGCCCUCUUCUCAGCAUUCAAAACCAUCGACGCGACUUCGUACACUGACAUCGCAACCGUUAAUGUGGAGCGCUGCGUCCUCGAUCUCGCCGUUGAACCCACGGACGGGUAUGUGGCAGCGGUGGUGGUAGAUGAGCAUGGGGAAUCGGAUUCUGUCGCGCGGUUGUUCGAGGUUGGGCGGCAGCGGGUGGUGGAGGAGCUAGGGGAUUAUGAUGGGGAGGAUGAGGGGGAGAUGGAGGAUGAGGGGGAUGAAGCGGAGGAGGAGGAGGAUGAGGAUCAGGAGGAGUUGGAUAGUAUAGAGGAGGAGCUUUUCGGAGGGUUUUCGGAGGAUUUGGAUGAGGAGGAUGAGGAUGGGUUUGGGCAGCCGAGGGUGAGGGCCGUGAGGGGUGGUGGGCGUGGUGGGGUGAUGAACGGGGAAGUGGAGGAGGGGGAGUAUUUGGGGAGUGACUCCGAGGAUGAUGAGGAGGCGGCACAGGAGCUUAUGGAUUUGAUAAUGGAGGGACCGUCAGAUGAAGAUCCGGAUAGUUUCAACCUAGCGCGCACGCCGGUGACCUGUUCUGCUCUGCUCUCUGAGGACGCGGCUCGCCAGCAACACUUUCGGCGAGUGGCGUAG